ACUACAACACGGAAGUAGGAUUGGAGAUGAGUUUGUUGGUUUUGCAUUCCUUUUGUGGAGUAAAGAAAGACAUAUCGACUGAACUAAAUAGGCUACCCAAACACCCAGUCCACUGAAAAUGUCUAAACUACAGUUGUUGAGUUUGUUUUUAAAUGAUCGUUUAACGCCGGCUGAUGUGGAUAUUUUUGAAGCUGUUGAGAAAACGGUAGUGGAGUACCAGGAGGAAAAUGCUCUGCUACGGAGACUGCUGCGGAUCACACCGGAGAUAAAACUAUGUAGAACAGAAUCCCUGCAGCCCUCUGUCUCUGAAGAGGAGGUUCCCCCUGAGCAGCAGCACUGUGAGCAGGAGUGGAGCCCCAGUCUGGGACAGGAGAACCCAGAGACCAAACAGAUUAAAGAGGAACAGGAGGAAGUCAGGACCAGUCAGGAGGAAGAGCAGCUUCAAGGGCUCUUUGAUACCAAAGACUCCAUAUUCACUACCUCCUGUGUGAAAAGUGAAUGUGAUCUGGAGAACCCAUGUCAAGAAGCCGUACUAGCUGAAUACCCAACUCUCAGUCCACUGAAAACGUCUAAACUACAGUUGUUGAGUGUGUUGUUAAAUGAAUGUUUAACGGCAUCUGCUGCUGUGGAGAUUUUUGGUGCAAUUGAGAAAACUGUAGCAGAGUACCAGGAGGAGAAUGAUCGGCUACGGAGACUGCUGCGGAGGACACCAGAGAUACAACUAUGUAGAAUAGACUCCCUGCAGCUCUCUGUCUCUGAAGAGGAGGUUCCCCCUGAGCAGCAGCACUGUGAGCAGGAGUGGAGCCCCAGUCUGGGGCAGGAGGACCCAGAGACCAAACAGAUUAAAGAGGAACAGGAGGAAGUCAGGACCAGUCAGGAGGAAGAGCAGCUUCAAGGGCUCUUUGUUACCAAAGACUCCAUAUUCUCUCCUUCCUGUGUGAAAAGUGAAUGUGAUCAGGAGGACCCACUUCAGUCCUUGACUCAUCCCCAAACCCAGACUGUGGAGAACAGAGAGAGAGACUCUAAACCAGUGGAUCUCACACCCUUUGUCACUGUGACCCACCUAAAGGGUCUCUACAUUCCCUGUGACCCUCCAGGUAAUCAAAACAAUGCCUACAGACACAACUCAGCUGUAAGCAGCUACACAGUAGGACUUGACAGCAGUCCUCUAUUGGAUCCCAGUCCACCAUUGGAUCCCAGUCCACCAUUGGAUCCCAGUCCACUAUUGGAUCCCAGUCCACCAUUAGAUCCCAGUCCACCAUUUGAAAAACACUGUUCCAAACCCAGCACCACAUCUAGAAAAACUCACAGCUGCCGUGACUGUGGUGAAUCUUUUGCUCUGAAAGCUGAUCUGCAGAAGCAUGUGACUCUCACCAAGAAGAGACUCAGUGAAUGUAGAUUCUGCAAUAAACACUACAAAUCCACCUGUAAACUAAAGGCCCACGUCCGACUCUGUCACGGUGUGAAACCUUUCACCUGUCCUGUUUGUGGCAAGACCUUCAAACUAAAGAAAUAUCUGUCCAGACACAUCAGGAUGCACACAGGAGAGAGAUCAUUUAUCUGUGGUGACUGUGGGAAGAGCUUCUAUCGCAAGGAGAACCUAACUAUGCAUAUACGGACUCACACAGGGGAGAAAUUAUUCAGCUGUGGUGACUGCGGGAAAAGCUUCAGUAUCAAGAAUAACCUAACCAUGCAUAAACUGAUUCACACAGGAGAGAAACCAUUUAGUUGUGGUUACUGUGGGAAGAGCUUCAGUCAGAAGGGAGACCUAGGGAGGCAUAUAUUGAUUCACACAGGGGAGAAACCAUUUAGCUGUGAUGACUGUGAUAAAAGUUUCAGACACAAGGGGUCACUAACCAAACAUAUAUGGACUCACACAGGAGAGAAACCAUUUAGCUGUGGAGACUGUGGGAAAAACUUUUAUCGUAAGGAACACUUAACUGUGCAUCUACUGACUCACACAGGAGAGAAACCAUUUAUUUGUGGUGACUGUGGGAAGAGCUUUAAUCAGAAGGGGUCCCUUAAGGCACAUAUAUUGAUUCACACAGGAGAGAAAUUAUUUAUCUGUGGUGACUGUGGGAAAAGCUUCAGUCUGAAGAAGCACUUAACUGUGCAUAUACUGACUCACACAGGAGAGAAACCAUUUAGCUGUGGUGACUGUGGGAAAAGCUUCAGUCAGAAGGCCCACCUAAAUAAUCAUAUACGGACUCACACAGGAGAGAAACCAUUUAUCUGCUUUGACUGUGGAAAAAGCUUCAGUCAAAAGGGGGUCCUAGGGAGGCACAUACUGACUCACACAGGAGAGAAAUCAUUUAGCUGUUGUGACUGUGGGAAAAGUUUCAGUCUGAAGGACCACCUAAAUAAGCAUAUACUGACUCACACAGGAGAGAAACCUUUUAGCUGUUGUUACUGUGGGAAAAGCUUCAGUCAGAAGGGGGUCCUAGGGAGACACAUACGGACUCACACGGGAGAGAAACCAUUUAGCUGUGGGGACUGUGGGAAAAGCUUCAGUCAGAAAGUGGUCCUGGGGAGACACAUACGGACUCACACAGGAGAGAAAUCUUUUAGCUGUGGAGACUGUGAGAAAAGAUUUAGUGUCAAGAGAAACUUAAUCAAACACAAACGGAUUCACACAGGAGAGAAACAGCAUUGCUGCUCAGUCUGUGAUAAAAUAUUCACUCAGAAGACUAAUCUGCUGAGGCAUGUCAAAAACAACCACAAAGAAAGUAAAUGAGGACACAGAGAGGAGACUAAGAGAGUAUUGAGAUACACCCAAGAUCCCCUGUGGACCAACUGAGGACAUAGACACAGAGAGGAGACUAAGAGAGUAUUGAGAUACACCUGUGGACCAAUUGAGGACAUAUACAUAGAGAGGAGACUAAGAGAGUAUUGAGAUACACCUGUGGACCAAUUGAGGACAUAUACAUAGAGAGGAGACUAAGAGAGUAUUGAGAUACACCUGUGGACCAAUUGAGGACAUAUACAUAGAGAGGAGACUAAGAGAGUAUUGAGAUACACCUGUGGACCAAUUGAGGACAUAUACAUAGAGAGGAGACUAAGAGAGUAUUGAGAUACACCCAAGAUCCCCUGUGGACCAAUUGAGGACAUAUACAUAGAGAGGAGACUAAGAGAGUAUUGAGAUACACCUGUGGACCAAUUGAGGACAUAUACAUAGAGAGGAGACUAAGAGAGUAUUGAGAUACACCUGUGGACCAAUUGAGGACAUAUACAUAGAGAGGAGACUAAGAGAGUAUUGAGAUACACCUGUGGACCAACUGAGGACAUAUACAUAGAGAGGAGACUAAGAGAGUAUUGAGAUACACCUGUGGACCAACUGAGGACAUAGACACAGAGAGGAGACUAAGAGAGUAUUGAGAUACACCUGUGGACCAAUUGAGGACAUAUACAUAGAGAGGAGACUAAGAGAGUAUUGAGAUACACCCAAGAUCCCCUGUGGACCAACUGAGGACAUAUACAUAGAGAGGAGACUAAGAGAGUAUUGAGAUACACCUGUGGACCAAUUGAGGACAUAUACAUAGAGAGGAGACUAAGAGAGUAUUGAGAUACACCCAAGAUCCCCUGUGGACCAACUGAGGACAUAUACAUAGAGAGGAGACUAAGAGAGUAUUGAGAUACACCUGUGGACCAAUUGAGGACAUAUACACAGAGAGGAGACUAAGAGAGUAUUGAGAUACACCUGUGGACCAACUGAGGACAUAGACAUAGAGAGGAGACUAAGAGAGUAUUGAGAUACACCUGUGGACCAAUUGAGGACAUAGACACAGAGAGGAGACUAAGAGAGUAUUGAGAUACACCUGUGGACCAACUGAGGACAUAGACACAGAGAGGAGACUAAGAGAGUAUUGAGAUACACCUGUGGACCAAUUGAGGACAUAUACAUAGAGAGGAGACUAAGAGAGUAUUGAGAUACACCUGUGGACCAAUUGAGGACAUAUACAUAGAGAGGAGACUAAGAGAGUAUUGAGAUACACCUGUGGACCUAACCUGUCUUCCUGAUCCUGCCCAGUCCAAUGUCACAGUAAUGAUAUAAUGUAUUUAUAUUGGCUGUUGCUGCUUUGUUCAUGAAAAAGGGCCAAUCUGCAGUUCAGACAACAACAGGUAAAUCUAAGGGAUGGAGAAGUGUAAAACACUAAAAUGCAUAGAUUGAUAAAUGGAGGCAAGAUGUCAAACUAUUGAGCUAAUGUAUACAAUUUUCCUGUAGCUACUUGUUCAUUUUGAAAGGGGCAAACAGAAGUGUACACUACAAACAGAAGUGUACACUAUAAUGUAUGAUUUGGCAAGUUAGUCAUUUAACUUGCCAAAAUAUUCUCAAAUAAUGUUUUAGAAAGAUAAGCAUGAAAGGGUUGUGGUCUGAUUGACUCAACAACCCAAAAAACAUAUAUCGAAGUGUAGGGUACUAAGUGAAUUAGAAAAUCAAUAGUUAUUUCUGGUUGCUUAUCAAAGUUAGCAGGCUAACUCUUCGAUCCUGCUUUGUAGUGUAGCCCUCUGGUUGCUUAUCAAAGUUAGCAGGCUAACUCUCCGAUCCUGCUUUGUAGUGUAGCCCUCUGGUUGCUUAUCAAAGUUAGCAGGCUAACUCUUCGAUCCUGCUUUGUAGUGUAGCCCUCUGGUUGCUUAUCAAAGUUAGCUGUCUAACUCUUCGAUCCUGCUUUGUAGUGUAGCCCUCUGGUUGCUUAUCAAAGUUAGCUGUCUAACUCUUCGAUCCUACUUUGUAGUGUACCCCUCUGCAGUUAAAACAACUACAAAGUGGGAACCCACCACUGUUUUGCUAAACAGCUGAGGGAUAGGGUUGGAGAACUGUAAACACUCAAAUUCAGACAGAUUUAUGAUAGUUAAUCUUAUUUAUUACAUUAAAUAUUGCACAAUUUACCGUAUAAGUGCAGAUGAGCGUCAGAGCCGGUGUCGUAGGAGUUUAUCUUAGUCCUGUAUUGACGCUUUGCCUUUUUGAUGGUUCGCCAGAGGGUGUAGAAUUCCUUAUAAGCGUCCCGCUCCUUGAAAGCGUCGGCUCUAGUCUUUAGUUCAGUGCGGAUGUUGCCUGUAAUGCAUGGCUUCUGGUUGGCGUAUGUACCUACGGUUUGUGUGGACGAUGUUGUCGAUGCACUUAUUAAUGAAGCCCGGUGACUGAUGUGGUAUCGGAUGAAUCCCUGAAGCUUGGCUGCAACCCUUCUAAGCCCAUGCUGCCCUUCAGGCCCUAGUCUUUUUGCGCUGACGGAAAUAUAGAUUAUCCCAGAUACAGUGCCUUGCGAAAGUAUUCGGCCCCCUUGCUUAUUCGGCCCCCCGAGCUCGAGCUGUUUUGCAAGGAGGAAUGGGAAAAAAU